CCAGUGUUUGUGGUACUGGGAUGAAACCCAGGGCUUUAUGACAAGCAUUCUACAGUCAGAGCUACAUAUCCAGCCCCUCCAGCAGAUAUUUUAAAACUAAUAAGCACUCUAAUAUUAAAGGCAUAUUGACUAUUCUUAUCUCCAUCUAAUUUCCUCUCCUAAAACUCAGACCCCCAUUUUUUAUGAUGAUAUCAUGUUUGCCCUGUCCUCCUGUCCUAAGGCAGAGAUGUAUUCAGUAGAUUUGUGAGAAAUUAUUGUGCAUGGCUGGCGUUUAUGAACAUUAUUAUGGGUUCUUCUAAAUAUAGACAAAAGCAAUAAAAACUCCCAAUGCUAUAUGAAUCUUAAAAGACAUCAUUGUCACAAGAAGUUAUUUUGCCUGAGUAUGCCCCAAAGAACUGAAAAGCACAUUAUAGCCACCAAUUCUGCUGAGCAGAGACAGUAUCUUCUCUAUUCUUUGUUUUGCUUGAUACUAUCUGUUCAGCAUAUUAAGAAAUCUGUAUCUAACCAUAAUAUGCCUGCAUCUUCCCAUUCAUUUCCCGUGUGUGCCACAAGUCAGUACUCUUUCAUCACUGGCCCUUGAACACUAGAGUCCAAAGCCUGAAAAAAAUUAGGUUUAGGUCUUGCAAAGUAUUCUUUAAGCGAAGGUGGUUGGUAAAAAUCUGCAAAUAAGUCAUCCUAAAUCCACAAGGUCAGAACGACAGGUUCCAGUCUUCUUGGGCGGGGUACCCAGCGUCCACUAUAGCUGCCACAACUACUCAGAUUCUUGUUUUUAUGGUGGGUGGGACACAGAGGCCCGACGUUGUGCACUUGGAACUCUAGAAAUAACUCUCCCUCUGAGAUGGAAAGUCAUCCCCACAAUCCUGCACCGGAGGGUUGAGGGUUUAGGGUGGGCAGAGAGUGUGUGUCUAAAGGUGAUGGUACGGGCUCCACCCGCUUCAGCCCUGCAGUCCAGCCGUUUGGGUCCCCCAGAGACUCAGCUCCUGGCCCUGCCCAGACCAUUGUCCACACACCUCGUCCCUCCAGCUUCCGGGCCGCGGGCUAGAUGAUUUGCUGCAGAUGACAUCAGCCUUGGGCCAAAGGCUGGAGGAGCCCAGGCAGCCACCCCGCGACGAUGUGCCUGGUGGUCUUUUCCUCCUCCUCCUCCUCUUCCUCUUCCUCCUCUUUCUCCUCCUCCUCCCUGGCUCCCUGCCUUGUCUCCAUAUAAACGGCGCCGCCUCCCCGCCCUCUCACUCCCUGCUCCUCUCUGCCGCGCAGGGAGAGGGCGGAGGAGGAGGCGACGCGCCCGGAGGAGGGGGGACGCAAGGGGCGGAGCGGAGACAGCACCUUCGGAGAUAAUCCUUUCUCCUGCCGCAGAGCAGAGGAGCGGCGGCAGAGGAACACUUCGCCCAGGCUUCAGCAGGGCCGUCAGGAUGGCGACCGUGGUGGUGGAAGCCACCGAGCCGGAGCCAUCCGGCAGCAUCGCCAACCCGGCGGCGUCCACCUCGCCCAGCCUGUCGCACCGCUUUCUAGACAGCAAGUUCUACUUGCUGGUGGUGGUCGGAGAGACGGUGACCGAGGAGCACCUGAGGCGUGCCAUCGGCAACAUUGAGCUGGGGAUCCGAUCAUGGGACACAAACCUGAUUGAAUGCAACUUGGACCAAGAACUCAAACUUUUUGUAUCUCGACACUCUGCAAGAUUCUCUCCUGAAGUUCCAGGACAAAAGAUCCUUCAUCACCGAAGUGACGUCUUAGAAACCGUAGUCCUGAUCAAUCCUUCAGAUGAAGCAGUGAGCACUGAGGUCCGCUUGAUGAUCACUGACGCCGCCCGCCAUAAGCUGCUGGUGCUCACCGGGCAGUGCUUUGAGAACACCGGGGAGCUCAUUCUCCAGUCUGGCUCUUUCUCCUUUCAGAACUUCAUAGAGAUUUUCACCGAUCAAGAGAUUGGGGAGCUACUGAGUACCACCCACCCUGCCAACAAAGCCAGCCUAACCCUCUUCUGUCCCGAGGAAGGGGACUGGAAGAAUUCCAAUCUUGACAGACACAAUCUCCAAGACUUCAUCAAUAUUAAGCUCAACUCAGCUUCUAUCUUGCCAGAAAUGGAAGGACUCUCUGAGUUUACUGAGUAUCUUUCAGAAUCAGUGGAAGUCCCAUCUCCCUUUGACAUCCUGGAACCCCCAACCUCAGGUGGCUUUCUCAAGCUCUCCAAGCCCUGCUGUUACAUUUUCCCAGGGGGGCGGGGUGAUUCUGCCCUUUUUGCAGUGAACGGAUUCAAUAUGCUCAUCAACGGAGGCUCAGAAAGAAAAUCGUGCUUCUGGAAGCUCAUCCGGCACUUGGACCGCGUGGACUCCAUCCUGCUCACCCACAUUGGGGAUGACAAUUUACCUGGAAUCAAUAGCAUGCUGCAGCGGAAAAUUGCAGAGCUGGAAGAGGAGCAGUCCCAGGGCUCCACCACCAAUAGUGACUGGAUGAAAAACCUCAUCUCCCCUGACUUAGGAGUUGUGUUUCUCAAUGUACCUGAAAAUCUGAAAAACCCAGAGCCCAACAUCAAGAUGAAGAGAAGCAUAGAGGAAGCGUGCUUCACCCUUCAGUAUCUAAAUAAACUGUCCAUGAAACCAGAGCCUCUAUUUAGAAGUGUAGGCAAUACCAUUGAGCCUGUCAUCCUUUUCCAAAAAAUGGGAGUGGGCAAACUUGAGAUGUAUGUGCUUAACCCAGUCAAGACCAGCAAGGAAAUGCAAUAUUUUAUGCAGCAGUGGACUGGCACCAACAAAGAUAAGGCAGAACUAAUCCUGCCCAAUGGUCAAGAAGUAGAUAUCCCAAUUUCCUACUUAACUUCAGUCUCAUCUUUGAUCGUGUGGCAUCCAGCCAACCCUGCCGAGAAAAUCAUCCGCGUUCUCUUUCCCGGAAACAGCACCCAAUACAACAUACUGGAAGGGCUAGAAAAACUCAAACAUCUAGACUUCCUAAAGCAGCCACUGGCCACCCAAAAAGAUCUCACUGGCCAGGUCCCCACCCCCACCGUGAAACAAGUCAAACUGAAACAGAGGGCUGACAGCCGAGAAAGUCUGAAGCCAGCUGCAAAACCCCUUCUCAGCAAAUCAGUGCGGAAGGAGUCCAAAGAAGAAGCCGCUGAAGUCACAAAAGCCAAUCAAGUGGAAAAAACACCCAAAGUUGAAAGCAAAGAGAAAGUAAUAGUGAAGAAAGACAAGCCAGUGAAAGUAGAGGCCAAACCUUCAGUGACAGAAAAGGAGGUGCCCAGCAAGGAGGAGCAGUCCCCAGUGAAAGCCGAGGUGGCCGAGAAGCAAGCCACUGACAGCAAACCCAAAGUCAUCAAAGACAAGGUGGUGAAAAAGGAAAUAAAGGCAAAACCAGAAGAAAAGAAAGAGGAGAAGCCCAAGAAAGAAGUGGCUAAAAAGGAGGAGAAAACACCUGUCAAGAAAGAUGAAAAACUGAAAAAGGAAGAGGUGAAGAAGGAGGUCAAGAAAGAAGUCAAGAAAGAAGAGAAGAAAGAGCCCAAGAAAGAGGUUAAAAAGGAAACACCCCUGAAGGAAGCCAAGAAGGACGUGAAGAAAGACGAAAAGAAGGAAGGUAAAAAAGAAGAGAAGGAACCCAAGAAGGAAAUUAAGAAGAUCUCCAAAGACGUAAAGAAAUCGACUCCUCUAUCAGAAACAAAAAAACCAACUGCGUUAAAGCCAAAAGUACCGAAAAAGGAAGAGCCCACCAAGAAAGACUCCGUUGCUACUGGGAAGCCCAAAGAGAAGGGGAAGAUUAAAGUCAUUAAGAAGGACGGCAAGACCGCAGAGGCUGCAGCCGCCGCCAUUGGCAGUGCGGCCACCACAGCAGCCGCAGUAGCAGUAGCAGCGGCGGGAAGUGCAGCCACUGGCCCUGCCAAAGAAUUCGAAACCGAGAGGUCCCUAAUGUCAUCUCCCGAGGAUCUCACCAAGGAUUUUGAGGAGUUGAAGGCUGAGGAGAUCGAUGUGGCAAAGGACAUCAAACCUCAGCUAGAGCUUAUUGAAGAUGAAGAGAAACUGAAGGAAACAGAGCCCGUGGAAGCCUACGUCAUCCAGAAAGAGACCGAAGUCAUCAAGGGAUCCGCCGAGUCUCCGGAUGAGGGAAUCACUACCACUGAAGGGGAGGGGGAAUGCGAGCAAACACCGGAGGAGUUGGAGCCAGUUGAGAAGCAGAGGGUGGACGACACUGAGAAAUUUGAAGAUGAAGGAGCCGGCUUUGAAGAAUCCUCAGAAACUGGGGACUAUGAAGAAAAGGCAGAAACUGAGGAGGCCGAGGAGCCGGAAGAGGACGGAGAAGACAACGUGAGUGGGAGUGCCUCCAAGCACAGCCCCACUGAAGAUGAUGAAAGCACCAAGGCUGAGGCAGAUGUGCUCAUCAAGGAGAAGAGGGAGUCUGUGGCUAGUGGUGAUGACCGAGCAGAAGAAGACAUGGACGAGGCACUUGAGAAAGGGGAUGCCGAACAAUCUGAGGAGGAGGGUGAAGAGGAGGACAAAGCAGAAGAUACCAGAGAGGAAGAAUACGAGCCUGAAAAAGUCGAGGCUGAAGAUUAUGUGAUGGCUGUGGUUGACAAGGCUGCGGAGGCCGGUGUUGCUGAGGAGCGGUAUGGAUUCCUUAGCGCAUCAGCCAAGCAGCCCGGAGCCCAGUCUCCCGGCCGAGAGCCUGCCUCCUCAAUUCAUGAUGAGACUUUACCUGGAGGCUCAGAGAGUGAGGCCACUGCUUCAGAUGAGGAGAAUCGAGAAGACCAGCCUGAGGAAUUCACGGCCACCUCUGGAUACACUCAGUCUACCAUUGAGAUCUCAAGCGAGCCCACGCCAAUGGAUGAGAUGUCUACUCCUCGAGAUGUGAUGAGUGAUGAGACCAACAACGAGGAGACAGAAUCACCAUCUCAGGAGUUUGUAAACAUCACCAAAUAUGAGUCUUCACUGUAUUCUCAGGAAUACUCCAAACCUGCUGUUGCAUCAUUCAAUGGAUUGUCAGAAGGGUCAAAAACAGAUGCCACUGAUGGCAAGGAUUAUAAUGCCUCAGCCUCCACCAUAUCACCACCCUCAUCCAUGGAAGAAGACAAAUUCAGCAAGUCUGCUUUACGUGAUGCUUACUGCUCUGAAGAGAGAGAACUGAAAGCCAGUGCCAUGUUGGACAUCAAAGAUACCAUAUCAGCAGUUUCAGAUGAAAGACUUAGCCCAGCCAAGAGUCCAUCCCUGAGUCCAUCUCCACCACCCGUAGAGAAGACAACCCCCUUGGGUGAACGUAGUGUGAACUUCUCCCUGACGCCCAAUGAGAUUAAAGUCUCCACAGAGGCAGAAGCAGCCCCAGUGUCUCCUGAGGUGACCCAAGCAGUAGUUGAAGAACACUGUGCCAGUCCCGAAGAGAAGACUCUGGAAGUAGUGUCACCAUCUCAAUCUGUGACUGGCAGUGCUGGCCACACGCCUUACUACCAAUCUCCCACUGAUGAGAAGUCCAGUCAUCUCCCUACAGAAGUCAAUGAAAAACCACCGGCAGUUCCAGUGAGUUUUGAAUUCAGCGACACCAAAGAUGAGAGCGAAAGAGCUUCCAUAAGCCCCAUGGAUGAACCCGUGCCUGACUCAGAGUCUCCUAUUGAGAAAGUUCUGUCUCCUUUACGCAGCCCUCCCCUGCUUGGAUCUGAAUCGGCAUACGAAGACUUCCUAAGUGCUGAUAGCAAAGCUCUUGACAGAUAUGCUGAAAGCCCCUUUGAAGGAAAGACUGGAAAACAGGGCUUCCCAGACCACAUAAGUCCAGUUUCUGAAAUGCCUUCCACUGGUCUUUACCAAGACAAACAGGAUGGGAAAAGCACAGACUUUAUACCAAUAAAGGAAGGCUUUGGUCCAGAAAAGAAAUCUGAUGAUGUUGAAACCAUGAGUUCUCAACCAGCACUGGCUUUGGAUGAAAGGAAACUGGGAGGAGAUGUUUCUCCAACACAAAUAGAUGUCAGUCAGUUUGGCUCUUUCAAAGAAGACACUAAGAUGUCCAUUUCAGAAGGCACUGUCUCAGACAAGUCAGCCACGCCUGUUGAUGAGGGUGUGGCAGAAGACACAUACUCUCACAUGGAGGGCGUGGCCUCAGUCUCUACAGCCUCUGUGGCUACAAGCUCAUUUCCAGAGCCAACCACGGACGAUGUGUCUCCUUCUUUGCAUGCUGAAGUGGGCUCCCCACAUUCCACAGAGGUAGAUGACUCCCUUUCAGUAUCUGUUGUGCAAACACCGACAACUUUCCAGGAAACAGAAAUGUCUCCAUCUAAAGAAGAGUGCCCAAGACCAAUGUCAAUUUCUCCUCCAGACCUCUCCCCCAAGACAGCCAAAUCCAGGACACCAGUUCAAGAUCACCGGUCCGAACAGUCUUCGAUGUCUAUUGAAUUCGGCCAGGAAUCUCCUGAGCACUCCGUUGCUAUGGACUUUAGUCGACAGUCUCCAGAUCACCCCACUGUGGGUGCAGGUGUGCUUCACAUCACUGAAAAUGGGCCAACUGAAGUAGACUAUAGCCCUUCUGACAUGCAGGACUCCAGCUUGUCACAUAAAAUCCCACCAGUGGAGGAGCCGUCCUUCACCCAGGAUAAUGAUCUGUCUGAGCUCAUCUCCGUGUCUCAGGUGGAAGCUUCCCCAUCCACCUCUUCUGCUCACACCCCUUCUCAGAUAGCCUCUCCUCUUCAGGAAGACACUCUCUCUGAUGUUGCUCCCCCCAGAGAUAUGUCCUUAUAUGCCUCCCUCACCUCUGAGAAAGUGCAAAGUCUGGAAGGAGAGAAGCUGUCUCCGAAAUCUGAUAUUUCUCCACUCACCCCACGAGAGUCCUCACCUUUAUAUUCACCUGGCUUUUCAGAUUCUACCUCUGCAGCUAAAGAGAAUGCAACAGCUUGCCAUACCUCCUCUUCUCCACCAGUAGAUGUGGCAUCCGCAGAGCCCUAUGGCUUCCAUGCUUCUAUGUUAUUUGAUACAAUGCAGCAUCAUCUAGCCUUGAAUAGAGAUUUGACCACGCCUGGUAUAGAGCAAGACAGUGGAGGGAAGACACCUGGUGACUUUAACUAUGCCUAUCAAAAGCCUGAGAAAACCACCAGAUCGCCAGAUGAGGAAGAUUACGACUAUGAGACUUAUGAGAAAACCUCCCGGACCCCAGAUGUGGGUGGCUAUUACUAUGAGAAGACAGAGAGAACCAUAAAAUCCCCAUGUGACAGUGGGUACUCCUAUGAGACCAUUGAGAAAACCACCAAGACCCCAGAAGACGGUGGCUAUGCCUGUGAAAUUACCGAGAAGACAACCCGGACCCCAGAAGAGGGUGGGUACUCCUAUGAGAUCAGUGAAAAGACAACAAAAACCCCUGAAGUGAGUGGUUACUGCUACGAAAAGACUGAGAGGUCUAGAAGGCUCCUGGAUGACAUCAGCAACGGCUAUGAUGACUCUGAGGACGGUGGGCACACACUUGGAGACUGUAGCUACUCUUAUGAAACCACUGAGAAAAUUACCAGCUUUCCUGAAUCUGAAAGCUACUCUUAUGAAACGUCUACAAAAACAACACGGAGUCCAGAUACUUCCACAUACUGUUAUGAGACCAUGGAGAAAAUCACUAAGACCCCACAGGCAUCCACAUACUCCUAUGAGACUUCAGACCGAAGCUACACUACAGAGAAGUCCCCUUCAGAGGCACGCCAGGAUGUUGAUUUAUGCCUCGUGUCGUCCUGUGAAUACAAGCAUCCCAAGACAGAGCUCUCGCCCUCCUUCAUUAACCCCAAUCCUCUCGAGUGGUUCACCAGUGAAGAGCCCACUGAAGAAUCUGAGAAGCCCCUCACUCAGUCUGGAGGAGCCCCACCGCCUCCAGGAGGAAAGCAGCAGGGUCGACAGUGUGAUGAAACCCCUCCCACCUCAGUCAGUGAGUCAGCCCCAUCCCAGACCGACUCUGAUGUUCCCCCGGAGACAGAAGAGUGCCCCUCCAUCACAGCUGAUGCCAAUAUUGACUCUGAAGAUGAGUCAGAAACCAUCCCGACAGACAAAACUGUCACAUACAAACACAUGGACCCUCCUCCAGCCCCCAUGCAAGACCGCAGCCCAUCUCCUCGCCACCCGGAUGUGUCCAUGGUAGACCCAGAGGCCUUGGCCAUUGAGCAGAACCUAGGCAAAGCUCUGAAGAAAGACCUGAAAGAGAAGGCCAAGACCAAGAAGCCAGGCACAAAGACCAAGUCCUCUUCCCCUGUGAAAAAGGGUGAUGGGAAGUCUAAGCCCCUGGCAGCUUCCCCUAAACCAGGAGCCUUGAAGGAAUCCUCAGAUAAGGUGUCCAGAGUGGCUUCUCCUAAGAAGAAAGACUCCGUAGAAAAGGCUACAAAAACCACCACCACUCCUGAGGUGAAAGCCACACGUGGGGAAGAGAAAGACAAGGAGACUAAGAAUGCUGCCAACGCCUCCACGUCUAAGUCAGUGAAGACCGCAACUGCAGCACCAGGAACCACCAAGACAGCCAAGACAUCUACCGUGCCUCCAGGCCUCCCUGUGUAUUUGGACCUGUGCUAUAUUCCUAACCACAGCAAUAGUAAGAAUGUUGAUGUUGAAUUUUUCAAGAGAGUGAGGUCAUCUUACUACGUGGUGAGUGGGAAUGACCCUGCUGCUGAGGAGCCCAGCCGGGCUGUCCUGGAUGCCUUGUUAGACGGGAAGGCACAGUGGGGCAGCAACAUGCAGGUGACUCUAAUCCCAACACAUGACUCAGAGGUGAUGAGGGAAUGGUACCAGGAGACCCACGAGAAGCAGCAAGACCUCAACAUCAUGGUUUUAGCAAGCAGCAGCACAGUGGUUAUGCAAGAUGAGUCCUUCCCUGCAUGCAAGAUAGAACUGUAAAAACCACAGCCGGCCACACCAUAGGAUUUUGAACUUUGUUUCCAGAAAUUCUUGAAUUUGAAACUACCUUUUCUAAAACAUCCAUUCAUCUAUUUAAGUCACUGAACAAUUACCUGCCAAAUGCUAUACUAUGUCAUGAUGACGCAAGUCACUAAUAUCGCUCAGUUUUUGCUGAUUGCUAAGGGAAGUAACAGUAUUCCCACAAUAGGAUUCAAGUUACUGCAAAAUUACCUACCCCGUUCAUCUCUGCUGAACAUUUGGAAGCCAUGCACUCGCACACCCAACUGACUUCUGCUAGGUAUUGGCAUUUGUCUUAGAGAGAGAGAAGAGGGAGAGAGAGAGAGAGGGAAGGGAGGGAACAAGGGAGGGAGCACACAGAGAGAAUGCAGGAGAGAGAGAGAGUGAGAAAGAAUGAGAAAGAAAAAGAAUGCAAGAGAAGGAGAUUUGUGAUGGUGGAGAGUUCUGAGGAGAUGCCCAGAGAGAAGGGAGAGGGCAGGUGGGGUAGAGAAAAGACAACCAGCAAACUAGGUCUACAUUUUCUCAGGCAGUAGGUACUCUGUAGUCUACACUGGCAAACUUUUCCAUUUUCAUCAGUCAUCAAAAAGGGUCUUAAUUUUCUAAAGUAUUUCCACCAGAAUGAAAAGAAAUAAAGUUUGUUAAGAGGGCAUGAGUUUUUCAUGGCUAAGCUCCUUCACUAUGAAGGCUGACCAGUGGCAUAAUGUAGUGAGUGUAGACUGGACAGGCAAGUGGUUUGAGCCCCAUUCAGAACUCUCAGACUUUGUAAACAUAUGAGUAGUUGAUCUAAGGCAUGCUCCCAGCAUUUGUCCACCCACUUAGUCCACACCAAGUCAACUUGCAUGCGACAACACCCAAGUCUACCCCAAUUAACUGAAGCAAAUACCAAAGCAGUUGAGAGAACAUACGGGAGACAUCCUGCCUUAGGAAGUGACUUGAAUGUACAAAGAUACUUGAUGCACUUAUUUUUUAAUGUGAGACAGCAAGUUUUUAAAACAUCCAUGUAGGGUUGUAGAUAUUCCAGGUAAAGGAGCACGAGUGUGGGCAUGGGGUGGGAAGAGUUCUAGAAGCUGAUCUGAUUGGUCCAACAGUUUGAUGCUGAGUCAUGCUCCUUGAAUACCACCACUUUCAAUGCACCUUGGCCUCUCAGCCAAACAAGUUGCACCUUUCCUAGCUUCUUUGCUACUGCAAGUUCAAAACUGAAAUGGCUUCUAUGACUAGAACUGGGAAAACAGUGAAUCUUAUGGUGGAAGAGGGUCUCGGCAAGAAUACAGUAUUUUUUUUCUUUUGUCUUACAUUGACUUUUUAGAGUUUCCAUUCAUUUCAACGUAAUUAUGGGAGCACAUGUACAGAAGAUUGUUUUUAGAUAUGUAAGAACUUUUCAUAGAUGAACUUUUUAACAAAUGUUUUCAUUUACAGGAAAAUACAAAGAAAAAUUUCAAGUGAUAGUCUUUUUUUUAAGUGCUUUGUAAGACAAAAUUGAUGUUUUCUGAAGUUCUGGCAAGACCUGAAGUCUGACAUUGAAGUCAUGAUACUUAUUAAAAGCCUGUAACAAUGAGGAAUGAUGAUCUCUCCCACCCUUUGAUGCUCAUAGCAUAAAUAUCUGAGUCUGUACUGUUUGAGAGUGGGGUGAAUGGCAGGGUAGGCUACUUUUCAGGGCCUUAAGUACGCCACCCAGUGGUAUCUUACCUACUUCUUUCAAGAUCUUCAACCAGAAGGUGAAAAAUCCAAGUUCAAAAGCACCCUAGCACCAAUUUGCUUUGGGAUUUUCUUUUCUGGAAAACAAUAAAUGAAAGAAAUAAUAGAUUGAAAACAAAAGAAUUCCCAACUCCUAUGUUCACCAUGUAGAGUUCAGACAUAACGUCCAUCGUUGUCACCACUGAACCAUGAACCUGGGAAGCCAGAUCAUGAGUCACACUGAUGUCAUUUCCAGUGGCAGAUCCACAUACUGCUCAGUGACAACAGUGCUGUUCUCUGUCAUGCUACGUUUCCUGCAGACUCUUAAUAUCUACGGAGUAGUGAACAAUGACCUCAUUUUAUUUUCUGUGUUAGUUAUUUAUUUCAAAGUUAACAUUUUAGUUUAUUUUUGUUUGUGAAGUGUAUGUUUUGCACUGCUAACUACUAUGAGGGUUUAAACAAUGCUUCUUCAGGGUCCCAGCACUGGGGACCUAUGCAGUACACUUAAUGCUGUGAAUCACAUUUUCCAAAUGUUUAAUUUUUUAAAGAAAAUUAAUAUUCUAUUUUUGUUAGGCUUCUCUAGAAAUGCAAUUUUUAUUUAUUACCCUAUUUCUUUCAAGUCCUUAGAAAUAACGUUAAAGGUACAAACAUGUCAUACAUAAUGGAAAAAUCAUUGUGAUGAAAAUGAAUUUCAUUGAAUAUAAACUCAUCUACUUCACACUUUUAUGAGACAAGCUGAAUACUCAAGAUAGUUAUUUAAUGGUUACCUAUUGAGUUGGUCCACAUAAUGCAUGAGAAGAGAAACAAUUUCUAGCCGUUUUGCCAAACCUAGACCUCUGGUUGAUUUUUCUUUGAUAGAAGAUAGAGUUAUUUUCUAGUUUCUCCGACUAAAUUUAUUUAGCCUUUAUGUUAUUUUGCUUUAAAAAUAUGUUAGGAGAGUCAUAGUCACUUCGGUUAUAACCACUCUACCCCACUCUUUUUUUUUUUUAAUUUCUACAGAAUUUAAUGGGGAAAAUACUUUUUAAAACUGGCACUGGUGCACUGGCUCUAUUUCCUAUGGAAUCUGUCAGUACCUACUGUACCCCCUGUUCUCAGUGAUGGCCAUGGAGCCAAGGGUACCAGGAAGAACAACAUUUGCUUUACAGAUAGCUCCUGACCUCCCAGACACCUUUCCUACCUGCGCGACUAACCUAAUUCUGCUAGUUCCAUAAAUACACAAUUAGUUUAUAAUAGCCAUCACAACGUACUAUGUACAUUGGUGGUGAGAACUAAAAACCGACAUAGACUUCUAGGAGCUUCAUUUAUACUGAUUUCUUAAUCCAAUUGUAUAGAUUGAAUAUUUGAGUGGAAGGAAUUUCCACCCUGUUUAAAUGAUGGAAUUCUAUUGAGAUAACACCCCUAGUCAUGACCUUUUGGGUAGUAUUCAUAAACAAAAUUCUACAGACACUAAAUAUUAAAGAUGAUCCUCCAUUUCAAUUUUGUCCAAUUCUAUCCUCUUUUAUCCAAACCCCAAUUCCCAUGCAUGCUUUCUCAGUCUUGUGGUGGGACUGGAUACAAUGACUAACCCCUUGCCCCAAACACCAUUUUCCAUGGAAUUCAAAAGAAAAUUUUUCUUAACGUUACAUAUAUUAGUGAAUGGUUUCCCCAGUGUAUAUGAAUGUUUUAGGUGUUUCCAAUAGGUUACGGAGUGUAGGAGCUGUCCAAUACUCAUUUCAUAAGAUUUAAUCAUUUGCUAAUGGAAAUUUUUACCACCUUCCAUUUUCCCUCUGUUACCAAAUCUCAGCUCCUGGGAGCUGCUCUACAAUUCUGGAAUUGCUUUUCUUGCUUCUCCUUAGUUACCUGUCACAGGAGAGGCCUGCUCAGCUACGGGAUUUGUGAGUUAGGAUAAUGACUUUUCUUUUUCUUUUUUUGUACUUCAGAUUUAGGAGAACAGAUUCUGUUUCCGUAUGAAAAGAGCUGUAAGCUUUCAUCAUUUAACCAACUGAAUCACACACCAAAAGCAGCAUUUCCUUGACAGCAAUUAGGUUAUUCACCUGGUAUUCAAACUAUUCACUCUUUCACAAAACUGUGACUUCAUAAAUUCAUUUACAAGGCAGCAUCAAAAACUGAAAAGGAAGGGAAAAAAUUAAUGACCAGCUUCUCUGCACUCUGUGUGGAGCGAUGGAGAAGCAGUUCAGACUAGGCUGCCCUUUCUACAGCUGCGGUUCAGUCUCGCUUUCCUGCACCGCACACAGCCCGUGCUGUUCUGAGCCCAGCGGCCAGCCGAGAAGCGCUUCCCACUCCUCUCUCUUGUUCUGAAUGGUGUUUGUGUCAGUCUGCAGCUGUGUAUGGUAUUAUGUCUUAUAAUCCUGCAUCACUUCUAUCCUAUCCAGUCAUAUCUAAUGUAGAAAAUUAGUUUCCAGUGAAAGUAAUAUGUAGUGCUUUUAUGAUAUUUGUGUGCAAUAUCCCCUCUUCCACUGAGGAUAUUUGAUGUAAAGGAAAAAAAAAAACAAAACUCAGUUCCACAAUAAAAUACAAAAGUGGCAAAA